GCAUGAAUGUGAUGCGAAAGCCUUGAAUAAAUAGGAAAACAAAAUCAACCCCACUUCUCUUAAUUUUUGUUUCUAUAUUUCUGUUUGGGGAGGUUUAAUUCAAUCAAGAGUUAGCCAGUUUGGUUGUCAAAUGUCUUACAAUAUAUCUGUUCCGCCUGAUACAUUCAAUGAGCACUUCCUGUUUGAUCUUCCUUUGGUUCCUCUCUACGAUUCCUCAUCCGUUUACAAUCUUCAAUCUUUGAUGACCCAACAAAACCCAAUUGACGAAUCCAAUUGUUCAGACCAAUUGGUUUCAGGGUCGCCAUUAACGGACCAGCUUGAAAAUCUCAGCCUCUAUCAAACUACCCACUUUCCAUCUUUCUCAUUUGAUCCAAAUGCAGCAAACGAGUACCAAAGUUCCAGCAGCUUGAGUUUUCCGGCUGUUAAAAAUGAAGAAUCUCUAGUGGAUUUCGAUUCUGCUUUUAAUAGUGACAAUGUAGCAAAUUACUUGCAAAGGAGCUUUAGUAGCAAUUCUUUCGAAACAAAGCCUAACUUUUCCUUCCAAACCGCUCCUAAUUCUCUGAUGGAACCCCAGAAUUUUCAAGGCCAAACCGCUUUCAGCUUGCCGGAAAACACCUUUUUCGCCGCACAUAUGAGGAAGGUUUCCAGCACCGGCGAUUUAGAGAAUAUGAGAAACGUGAAUGACAAUCAAAGGUCGACUAUAGAGAAUUCGUUAAUAGAAGAAGUGCCGUUCAAAGUAGGACGAUACAACCCAGAAGAGAGACAAGAGAGGAUUUCAAAGUACAGAGCAAAGCGUAAUCUAAGGAACUUCAACAAAACAAUUAAGUAUGCAUGCCGUAAAACACUAGCAGACAAUCGUCCUCGUGUACGAGGCCGGUUCACUCGCAACGAUGACACUGUUGAGACUCCGAAACUCGCAUGUAAUUCAACUAGAGACGAAGACGAAGAUGAGCUAUGGGCGUUACAUGAGGUGGAGGAUGAAAUCAUGGGAAGAGCAACAUUUAUCAAUAGUUUUAGUCAACAAAAUCAGUUUCCAUAUCACCAUGGUUGAUUCUGAUAUAAGAAUAUUUUUAAUAUUUUAAUUUCAUUCAAGAAAAAACAUUUGUGAUUGUAAUAUAA